AUGGAGAAGAAAGGGCCGACUGUGCAGCAGAUAGUACCGGUGGCAGGACUUGCGCUUGUUUGGGCAGCCUGCGCCAAGCCAAUCGGCUUCGUGGAAGGCGCAAGCGGCCGGGCGCCCACCAAGCUACCCGGCCAAAGUGCCGCCUCAUCCCUGCGCGGACUUCGAAGUCAAGCGCCUGAAAGCGGGGCAUCGCUGGGCACCUGGCCAGGGCUCGCCGUGGGGUUUUCGGGGCUUGGCCUUGCUGCUGCGGUGGCCCGAGCCGGGGCCUUGCGCUCACGCCGGCAUCGCAGCGCCAACGUGUCGCGGCGCUUCUUCGGAAACCUCUUUGGCCCCGAGGAGGAGGUCGACCCAGAGGAUCCCGGCAGGGUGGCCGUAUGCAAGGAGUACCAGACGAUGUCCGGAGACAGGGUUGCGGCAGAGCAGUCGGACUUCGGAUGGGCCGUGGUAUCCCAGCACGAUGCCUCGGAGCAGGAUGACUACUGGCUCGGAACCCCGCCAGGGCCCAUCAAGCAGGAGUGGCGUGAGCUGCGGCUGGCGAAGAGCGCGGCUGAACCGCCGGGCGUGUCCGAGGGCACUGGUCAGAGCGUGGUGAAGGUGUCCCUGUGCGAAGGGGAGGCGCCGCAACAGGUUCCCUAUUGCAUGGCCCUGGGCUAUACCAAGAGCAUGUGUGCGGCCGCGAUGACCGGGGCGCAUCUACAGGGCGCCUUGCCACUCGACGGUGAGCUUCCGGCGAUGCGGGCGCUGGUCAUCGGGCUCGGGGCCGGAUCUAUGCCGCUCUGGCUGCAGCACACCUUCCCCGAGAUGACAGUGGAUGCCUUGGAGAUCGACCCGGCAGUGGUCAAGGUGGCAACGGAUGCCAUGGGCUUCCCCAAGGGUGCAAUCCGCGAUGCAGCCUCGGCCGAGGAGGCUGCCAAAGAUGCAGUCUCAUCCCAAGGAGGUCUCCGUGUCUACAGCAUUCCGGGCGAGGACUUCGUCGAAGCCCUGGCGGCCACCGGCGAAACGUACCAGUACGAUAUGGUCUUCGUCGAUGCCUUUGACAAGAGCGGCAAGGUGCCCCCCGUCCUGGUGGAACCGGACGGCACUUUCUUACAAAGCCUGAGCAAAGUGCUGAAGCCAGAUGCCACCAUCAUCAUGAACCUGCUGGUCGGGAUGACAGGCACGGGAAGCUCCGGGGGACCUAAAGAGAUCGAGGCCAUGGUGUCGGCAAUCCACGGGACCUGCUGCAGCGACAGCUCCGAGGUCUUCACGAUCCGUACCCCGAUCAACGAAAGCAGCGGGAACCAACUCUAUGGUUUUCUGCGGGCAGGCCGCCCGGCGAAGGCCGGGGCGCUGAAAGAGGCACUGGCGGCCAGCGCCGAGGCAGUGAAUGCUGACUUCCCGGCCGACUCGCUUGGGGAAAAGAUCCGCUUCGGCUUCGCUCGCAGGGUGGUUUUCGCCUAUCAAGACUGGCCGAAGGUGUAG